AUGCUUUCCCUCACCCUAGCUCUCACAGCCUUCAUGGCCACCACCUCUGCGCUUCCUGCAAGCAAUGCGCCAGCCUACGAUCACCCGUCCGACGGCUUCCACCUUAUUAUUAAAUCUAGUAACCUAAGCUUUGAUGGUUCUUAUAACGCCGUCAAUGCCGGGGGUAGUCUCAUAUACGUCCUGCAGAUGAUGGGUGGCCAGCAAGUCCCGUCUGCAAUGCAUUUCAGUGAUCGCAAAGGAACCAACACGCAGGAAAUGAUGUUUCAGCCUGGCGAGGGCGAUGGGAGUGCUCAGAUCAGUUUUGAUGAGUCGGGUGGUAUGUGGAAGGAUGGCAGUGCAGAGAAGUGGUAUAUGUGCGAAACUACGAGUGGAUACCCCAUGAAUCUUUUGGUCUGGGUCAAUGGAGACGCGCCAACACCGCAGGAACCAGCUUGUCAGAAAGUGAAGGUGCAGAGGAUCUGGGCUUGA